AUGUGGAGUCAUGGUGCAGUCAAGUUUGUGGGUGUUGAUGCUAUUGGGGUUUCUGGAGGUUUAUGGGUUUUGUGGGACACCUUAACUCUUCAAUGUGUGGAUGUUUUGAGGAUUGAUAAGUUUCUGUUGUUUGACUUGUCUAUUCCGGGUGUUAAAUUUACUUGGUCCAAUAAUAGUGUGACUAAUCUGGUCAUGUCAAAGUUGGAUCGAUUUAUGGCUACACAAGAGUGGAUAGAAGCUUUCCCACUAGCAUUUGUGAAGGCUUUACCUAGAUCAUCUUCUGAUCAUAUUCCCCUUUUGCUCAAUACAAAGUUAAUCUGUGGUUGGAAAAAGCCUUUCAGAAUGGAGUUGGGAUGGUUGGAUGAAUCGGAGGUGGUGGAUUUAAUCAAAGCUACUUGGGAAAAUUCAAUCACCUUUGGUUCAAUGGAUUUCCAACUGCAAAAAAAGUUACUCCUCAUCAAGAAAAAUUUGUUAGUGUGGAGAACUGAAAAUUGGUUUUCUCUAAAAAACAAUAUUGACCAGACUCUCUUCGAUGUUCAAAUGUGGGAUCAGAAUGUUCAGCAGUCUGGUCUUAUGUCUGAGGAGGAUCUGGUUUAUAAGAGUUUGUUGUUGUCCUCUUUGAAAGAAUUUUCUAGGCUUGAAGAAAUCUAUUGGAAACAGAGGUCUCGAGUUAAAUGGCUUAAGGAAGGGCACUGUAAUACUAAAUUUUUUCUUGCAGUGGCUAGUGCUCGUAGAAGAAAAUGA